AUGAACCAUCUUUUGCAGGAGAGAUACUUGGGAAGUGCGAAUCAGCACGUAGCAAUGGGCCAGUUCAUUAGAAACAAAGAGUGCAUUAUUUCAGCGGGGUGCGACAGGAUAGUGCUCUAUGAAAUAAGAGACGGGGCUCUUGUUAAAGUAAAAGAAAAAAGAGUUUUUGGGUGCAUUCUUGGGCUGGCCACAGUUCCUUCGCUUGGGGACGAGGUUGACUCCGUUUUAGUGCACUUUGAGUACGCGCGCGUGUCGUCUGUUAUUUUCAUUGCUGAUCAAAAUGAGUUUAUUUGCCGGACCCUGCGGUUCUAUGAGAAGCAGCAGUAUGGGUUUGUCUCGGGCUCUGAAAAGAACACGUCUUUUAUUCGGGUGGAUGCAGACCAUGGGGUGUCUUUUCUGCAAAUAUCAAACACGCACUUUGCAAUAUUUUCCUCGAAGUCGGUGGGCCGCAGCAAGGUGUUUGAAAUGCAGGAUAUUCGGCCAAGGCACUGCGCAAUAAAAGAUGCCACGUUUCUGAAGGGCUACUCCUCCCCCACUCUAUGCUUUUUGUUUGAGGACACGGCGGCUGCCAGGUCAAGAAUUCUUGUGUACAUUCUGAAUGAAGAGUACGAGCUGUCUUUCUUUUUUGAGGUGGACUCGGUUCCGCACGGCUGCUAUUUGCUGGUUGCAACACAUGAGAUGGCAUUUAUGGUGCUGGGCGCGUGCGGAGCGCUCUUUUACACGCAGUGGGAGAUGCUUGGGGUGCGCUUCAAUGAGUUCUGGUCGUUUGAAAUGCUUGGAAUAGAGGAAAAAAGCCUGGAGGAGCAGAACUUUAUGGUGGAAAACGGCAUGUGCAUUGUGAAGGAUCGGGAUAUUUUCCUUUUCUCAGAUAUGAUUUUUCUGCGGUUUACAAUACUUGGAGGCAAUGCGCGGAUAUCAAGUGUCAUUGCUGGAAAGAUGGAGCUUGAUCUCUGCUACAACAAGCCGUACUCAACAGCUGCCUACAUGAACUGGGGGUGCGUGAGCACAGCAGAGGGCCUUUUCCUGGUGACCUUUGAGCCAGAGACAAUAGUUGAGGAAGUCCAGCAGAAACCUGCGAGUAUUGUCUCUGCGGAGUAUGCUGACCUCUUUCUGAGCGACAGCUCUGCGCUAGACAUGAAAAUGAGCGAGGGCGUAGAAGACAUAGGCGAGGUCCAUGUACAGGUGCGCGCCAAAAGCCCGCCAAGGAGAAAAUCUGCAAAGACAAAGACGCCCCUCGAAAGCCCGGUACAAAACGCAUCAGAGGAUAACUCGUGUGAGAAGAGCCUUGAAAGGGAGUAUGAGAACAUGUUUAAGAUGGUUGGCGAGCCUGAAAAGAAAAUUGAGUCUGUGCGAGAAUGCACAAUCACAAAUAAGCUGAUAAUUAAGCAGCGCAUUCUAUCACUUGGAGAGGUGAUGUGUAUCGAGGCUCUGCCUGUAGCAAACAAAACAUAUAAAUACUUAGCAGCGGCAGGCUCGCCUGGACAGCCCCUUCUGGUUGUAUGCAAGAACGGAAUUGACAUCUGGUGCUCGCAGACCGCAAAGAUCCGCGGAUACUCAGAUCUGUUUGUGGUGGAUAUUGCAGAAAAGAUGUAUCUUGUCACAAAGGACAAGGAGAGCACAAUAGUGAAGUGGGAUGCCGAUGUGAAUCUGGUUGAGUCUGAGGUCUCCAGCAACAGAACUCUUCUAUUCAAGAAAACAGAUGCCGGAUACCUUCAGAUCACCACGCAUGAGAUUGUGUGUCUUACAAAAGAACUAAAAAAGAAAAAAGAGAUUACUCUGCCAGAGCCUGUGACAGCUGCUGUAUACUCAGAUACCGAGGACAGAGUGAUUGUUUUGACUGAAACGGGAAUAAUAUACAAUUACAAAGGAGCCAGAAAGUCAAAGGUUCCAAUUGAGCCUGCCACUGCACUUGCUGUGCACGCAGAUGAUGUAUACGCGAUAGAUGCAUCAGGAAGUCUGAUUAUAUACUCUAUUGGCAAGCGCUCUGUGCGCCUGUGCUGCAGGCUGUUCUCUGUCUUUCCGUCUGUGAUAGAGCCAGGUUGCAACCAGAUUGACGUAAAUGCCAAGCACAGACAGAGCCUUUUGGACAUUGAAGUGAUAGAGUAUCGCUCUGCCGUGUAUCUUCUUGCACGAACCAUCAGCAAUGAAAUAGUCCUAUACCAAGAGAGAGAUGGCAGACUGUACAAAGAGAAAGUGACAAACAAUGCCUUCUACUACGAAAAGGCUGAGGUGGGCCAGAGCUCUCCGAGCAGAAUGCGUGUGUGUGGCAGCUUGGUCUUUAUACCAGGCACAUACAAAACCAGAGUUCUUGUGUUUACGCCAUACCAGAUAAGCGUGCAUGCAGCAAACAUUCGGAUAGACUCGAUAGAGGAGAUAACUGAAGACAGCAACCCCAUAAAGUCCUUUAUUAUCAUGGCGAAGGGGAGCAUAGCGCGCGGCAUGCUUCCUCUAUAUGCGUAUGACAAGCCUGUGCUGUACAAGAAAACAAAGGUUGACAGCAUCUGCCAAAGGGUGGCGUACUCAGCUGUAAAGAAGGUCAUAGUGGCAGUAACGUAUAAAGACAAGGAGUACACAAAGGACAUGAUUCCGUUUACAGUGCAGGCCACAACAGAGCUGGAUGCAGAGCCUCUUCCGCCUCCUGUCAUACCUGAAAUAAAGGUAAACCCUCUGACUAGGGCAUACUCCCUGAAAAUAUACUCGCACGAGGAGAUGAAACAGUACAGCCAGACUGGAGAAGUGCUCAUGGCAGUGGAUGAGUACCCUCUUGAGGACAACGAAUACAUCGCACACCACAAAAUAGUCACUCUGCCAGAUAAACAGAAUACAGAGGGCGUUUCUGAGUUUGUCAUUGUAUGCACCACAUACAUAACAGACGAAGAUCUGAUGGCAAGAGGAAGGCUGAUUGUUCUAGAGAUCGCAUCGGUUGUUCCGCAGAGGGACAGAAUUGAGACAAGGCAUAAGCUGAAGGCCCUUGCUGCAGAAAAGACAAAAGGUGCAACCACCUGCUGUGAUAUUGUGAAGGGCAAUAUUGUUGUGUGCGUAGGUACUAAGCUGAUGAUCUAUAUGUUUGACAGAAACGAGGGUCUGCGGGCUGUUGCGUUCCAUGAUAUCCAUGUGUUUUUGACGUCCUGCAUGGUUAUGCGCAACAUAAUUGUCUGCGGCGAUGCAUACAAAGGAACCUUCCUUCUCUUCUACCAGAGCGAGCCUUCCUUGCUCCAUCUGCUAUCGCAGAGCAGUGGUGGGGUAUAUCUUUUGAAGGGCAUUGGGAUGACUCUGUACGGAUCUGUGCUCAGCCUCCUCUCAUACGACUCUGCAAAGACAGUCUGCAUAUACAGCUACUCCCCGCAGCACAUUCUUUCUCAGGGCGGCACCCGACUUAUUUCCCGCGGUGAGUGCAAGCUGCCAGAUGAUAUUUCCGGGUCCUUCCACAUGGAGAAGAAUGGCGUGCACAGAACCACUCUGUACACAAAGAAUGGAUAUAUUUACUCGCACAAAACUGUAGAUCAGAGCAAAUACAUUGCACUUCUCGAUCUGCAGCACGCUGUUGAGUCCGCUGACUGGAUGGCGCUGGGCACCAACCCAAAGUCCCACUGGCUUACAGAAAAGCCUGCUGAGAUGAAGGAAAUCACCCUCAAAGACAUUCUGCAAACUGGCCUUAUGGAGGAAUUCUUUAAUAUGUGCAAUGUAAAGGCGAAUCGAAUUGCAGUGGAGACAGGAAGAGCAUCUUCUGAUGCUGUAAAAGCCGAGCUGUGUAUCUACCGUAACCAUUCAUAG